AUGCGCCUAAAAUUGUUGAUGUGUGCUUUCGUCACAUUCUCCAUCUUAUGCAGCACCCUAGCCGAGGAAGAAGAAGACGCGAAACCUGCCGAAGAAUCUGCCCCACCCGCAGCUUCCGCCGACAACACCCGUUCGCUAGCACUCAUCAAAGGAAAACACUGCAUGCGCAAGAACCCAUUCUACGCCUCGCUGCGCAAACCCAUACAAAACCAGUUCUGCGCAGGCACAGUCAUCACCCCCAACUGGCUGAUGACAGCUUGUCGCUGCAUCAUCAACACCGCCGGCCAGAUCUUGUACAGCGUCGUGGACCUCGCCAACUAUAUCCUCGGAGAGUCCCCCAUGAAUGACGGUUCAUCCGCCUAUCCUCCUAACUACCCCCCUGGAUUCGGACCGGGGUUCCCUGCUGUUUAUCCGGGGGGGUCUCCCUACCCGAUGGUUGAUGGCACCGGACCUUAUGGCGUGGAUAAAAGAGAGUUGCAAAAUCUGCCCAAGGACGACCUGUGGUGCCAUUGGGCGCAGAUAAUCAAGAUACACGGUCAUCCUUCGUUCGACAAGCGUUCUGGCCAGAACGAUAUCGCCCUACUGAGGAUGGACUCACCGCUGAAGAAGGGCAGGUUCUUGAGACUGCCACCGAAGCCGUUUGCUGGCGAUCUGCUGAGGUCGGCGCCUGCUUGUGGUGGCGACCGCAAGAUGGUGUCUUGGUUCGGUGAUGAAAGCGGCAAAAGGGUAGCUCAUACGCACGUUGAUGAUUGCAAACGUGCCUAUAGGAGCAGGAAGUUUGGGAAGUCUCUUAUGUGUACCCAAACUCUCGGAGAGAAUUCCUGUAAUUAUGAGAACGGAGCUCCGCUGGUUUGCGGGAAUACCGCCUACGCUAUCGUCAGUUUGGGGUCUGAGUGUAACGGUAGUACUCCGGGGGUGUUUACUAGAGUCGAUCAGCAUCUGCAAUUCAUCAGAGGGGUGAUGACUCCUCGUAGCGCUAGUGGAUCCGUGAAAAUUCUUGUGAGCGAAGCUGUCCUGAUUGUCUCUUUGUUGUUUCGGCAUCUGUCAAUUUGA